AACCUCCAGGUUUUGUCAAGAUGCCAGGUAGGCCCAAAACUGAGAGAAGGAGGGAGCCUGGUGAGGCACCAAAGGGGACAAAGCUUAGCAGGGUUGGCACAAAGAUGACUUGCAGGCUGUGUGGAAAAUCAACUCACAAUGCAAGAAGGUGUCCAAAGAACCCAGAAGCAGGCAAAAAAAAGAAUGCACAUAUAAAGAGGGAUGCAAAGAAGACGAAGAAAGAUGGGCAGCCAUCAACUUCGGCAAAUCGACAAUCUACAUCCAGGGGUAAAAAGAGGAAACUUAGUGAGGACCUGGCUCAAGGCCCUGCUCAAGUUCCUGUCCAUGCUCCCGCACAAGGUACCUGGGGCAGCCAGACAAGUUCCAUUACCCAGCCAGCAAGCCAAGGAGGGACAUCUCUAAGGCGUUCAAGAAUUGCCCAUCUGUUGUUUGGGGACAACAUCUAGUAAAAGGC